UAAUAUUCAAAUUACACCGCUCGAUCUGUAUUCAAAAAAGCAGAAUUCAAGAGAAAAAUCAGAAAGAUCUCAGGGCCAGAGACCUGGCUAAAAAUAUUUCUUGACGAUAAUUGAAAACCCCCUUUCAAUCAUAUAUGGAUUCUCCUCUCGAAUUUCGCUCUUUACGAAGCUUGCAACAAACAUAUACAUGAUCUUUCGCAGGUCUGCAACUGAUUCUUUCUCCCAGACUUUGCAUUUUAUUUCACCACUCCACCACUCCACCACUGACAUUACUGUACUUGUAGCCUAUGUCCAAGACUCUCCUCCGCCUCAAUUUCGUGCUGAAGCUUGAGGUCCAGUUCCUGUCGAAGGUUUAUUCCUUGCUGUGACUCAAAGUCUAGCGCAAAGCGCCGCUCUGAUCGGAUAUGAGCUCGUAGCGACACCGAAUAUCGACGGCUCUGCGUUCAUGACACGUCUAACGAAUCAACCCAUGACAUGAAACCUCAUGAUAUACCCCACCUAGCACAACCUAGAAGUUUCCAAGCCAUUCAGCAUUGUCGGGAAAUUUAGCUCCGGAAUGGAAACAAUGAUUUCCUUCCGAGCCAAGCAGAAAACUGGGAGGCUACAGAGCCUUGCAGCCGUUUCCAGAGCAAAAGAGAAAGGUUCUCCAAGUUUAUUAUUGUCCAUCCCUCAAUUAGUACUGGUAAUAGAACAAGGGCAGGAGCUUGCUCUGAAUGCUUUCAUGGAAGGGCAGCGAUCGAUUGCUCAUUCACCCUUCGUAUGUGCUACCUUGCUCGUCCGUUCCUCUCACCUUGGGCCUGGUGGGUCGCUAGAAAGAUGUAAACAUGCUGAAUUCUUGGUGUUUUUCGACAGUUUCAGUCGUUUAAGACGGAAGGAAACUUGGAAUUACCAAGGGGAAGAAGUAGGCGAGCAGCAAUGACUAUGAAUUCGUUUGCUGGCGGACCGGUUGAUCUGAUUUCUUACCACUAAUCUUGAACUUGAUGCCUCUUUCCCAUCAUCAUCACUACACUGUUUUAUGUCGCUGGUUUACCGAUCUCUGCUCUCUUAUACGUUGGUAUUUGCUGCCCUGCCUUUUUAGAGUAUCGUUAAAGAGUUAGCACAAACGAGACGUUUCUUCGUACUUAGUAGCCACAAAACCAUACUCAAGAGUCUAUUAGUGUCAUUUCAAAUGGCUUUGGGUUCCUGGUUGGUGGAAUGAAGAUGCAAGCUCGUUCAGGACAUUUCUGGUGGCUCGAAUCGAUCUGAGCAAUUGUCACCACUAAGAUAGUCCUCGGGCCCGCCACGAUGGGGAUGGUGGGCAUGACUGACAUGUUCUACCACCAAUCUUUGACAUGCUGAUUAAGGACCCGCCAUUCUUUGGAUGUACCUCGACCUGAGUUUUGUUAACUCGACUAGUAGCAACAGGUCGAUAAAAAUGGCAGCACGACUAUAAGGACAUGUGCUUCGGGAUGUGGGGUUUCUUUAGCAUUUUUGGUCUCGCCUCGACAUCUCUCGUCUUUCACCGUCGCCCGACCUCAGGUCUUGCUGCAUCUCAUUGGCUUCCCUUUUAUCCACCUUCCUCUCGUCUGUCUAUCACCAAUUUCUUUUGUCAGUCGUUUUCACUGUUUUCGUUCGCUGUCCUCUAAUACGCCACCAUUGUUAGUUUAUCGGGUACCACAGCGGCUUAAUUUAUGGUACGCCAGUUAUAACGUAUCAUGGUAGAGAGGGAGAUGGGAAGAGAGGACUGUAUAGAUACCUGUGGGCCUUUCAGUAAAAAUCUUUGGAGCGCGCAAUUGGCGGCCCAUCUCACCAGAAAUCAUAAUGCACAAGUUCGUUGCCCUAGUUUAUUAUUUGAUACCUUGCAUGAAGGCUUCAAGAUUACGUGGCUUCUCACACAAUACAAAGAGAAU